AAAUCUCGCAGCCGUAUAUUUUGGGGUCCUUCAGCGUCAGACUGCUGCUUUCUCUGAACAGCAUCUUCGGCAAUGGCGGAUUACGAUAACUACGAUGACCGGGAUCGGGCGUACGGGAGCUUUGGCGGUGGAAGAGGACCCCGAGGUGGUGGUGGCCCAAGCGGACCCCGAAAGCAGAAGGAACUUCCCACAGAGCCUCCUUACACAGCGUACGUUGGCAACCUGCCCUUCAACACAGUGCAAGGAGACAUAGAUGCCAUUUUCAGAGACCUCAGCGUCAGGAGCGUUCGACUAGUCCGAGACAAAGAGACAGACAAGUUCAAAGGUUUCUGUUAUGUGGAGUUUGACGACUUGGAAUCUCUGAAAGAGGCUUUGACAUAUGACGGUGCCCUGUUAGGAGAUCGAUCUUUGAGGGUGGACAUCGCAGAGGGCCGAAGGCAAGAACGUGGCGGCGGAGGCUUUGGCUUCCGGAAAGACGACAGAGGCCGCGGUGGCUCCCGUGGGGCCCGAGGAGGGGGACGAGACUCCAGAGAAGACUUCGACCAGUCUGGAGGAGGUGCGGCGGGUGAAAUGGGAUUUAGAGAUGAUGACUUCAUGGGUGGGAGGAGUCGAGGAGGCGGUCGCCCUGGCGACAGAAGGGGGGGUGCAGGAGGUGGAGGUGGUGGCGGCGGCGGCAUGGGACGCUUCAGAGAUGGACCUCCUCGAGGAGGCCAGACAGACUUCAGAGAACCAUCUGAUGAGGAAAGAGCGCAGAGACCAAGGCUACAGCUGAAGCCACGUACAGUGGCAGGUCCCCUUAACCAAGUGGCCAACCCCAACUCGGCCAUCUUUGGGGGUGCCAAACCCAGGGAGGAGAAUUAAUAUCUGUGUCAGUGUGGCUGCAUUAUUCCGGAAGGCUAUACUGGAUCCUGGCUUUGAUCACCAUAAAAUCUUUCAAAGACGUCUCCCAGCGGCACGCAGGCAGAGGCACGAGGUGCUGGUCUCCUCUCGAAUCCAAACGAGCCCUCUUCCGAUUGGCUUUUAAAAAAAAAAAAAGCUUGUGGAGGUGGGUCUUCUAGAACGGGGCGGGGCAUAGUCUUAACUCCGCCUCUGCCUGUUUUUGCUGACUCCUCCCACACGCCUCAGAGAACCCUAACUUGGAGGACAACUCCAUUUCCAGGUUGAUACCAUUGUGUUUAAGGACUUCAAGAUCUCUUUCCCUUUCCAAAGUAUCUUUGUGUUUCGAAUUUGUAGACGCGUGGGCAUAAAAGCCGCCGUGUCAUUUUAUAUUUUGCUCUUUAAAUUUCUUUACUGUAUUUGAAAAUUAAAAAAACCGACAACAACGUUGAGCUUGAUUCUUAAUUAAACCAUUUCAAAGUGAAGAGCUUUUUAUUUUAUUUUUAUUUUUGACUUCUUGCUUUUGUCUUUAUGAAAGAUUUUUCGCAGCUUGACCAAAUUUGGCUCAUCCAGAGCUUUCAGGAACAAUGUGCCACAUCUAUCUCACUCAUUUAGAAGAGCACCGUUGCAUGCAUGAUAGGUUUGGUUGGUGACACAUGGGUCUACAGUCUACAGCAGCAUCCACCUCUUGACGCCAAUGCAUUUCUUUACAGGAACAGUAGAAGCUAUGGUCCAUAACAUCAUGUUUACUGCCUUUCCAAGCUUAUUGAACACAAAUGAACUGCUCACACAUGUCCAGACACACCAGGCGCUGUAGUUUCAUCUCUAGUGGAUCGAGUGUAGAGCCCUCAUGGGGAAAUCCAUGCCGCAAAACCCUUCUCUUCACGAUUUACUGGAUCUAAAUGAGGAAGCUCAUUAUUUUUUGGUUUUCUUACUGUACUAUAGAGGUCGGCUGUUUUUAUUCAUUGGUUUUUCAUUUUCCUACACUGUUUACGGCAAUAAAUUGUAUCAUCUUACAGUGUUUGAAAUGAAUGUGUUGACAUGGGAUGAUUUUAUUCUGUGUCCUGUGAUGCUAUACGGUGUUUAACUCGUUUAAAUGAAAGAAAUGUUUCAUCCAAAUUCAACCUUUCGGUUGGUUUAUCGCCGCAGCUUCAAGCUUUGGGGAAUUGUCAUUGAACUUCACCAACAAGGUAACCGAACUUAUCAGUGCCACACAGCAUUUUGGCUGAGUCAACAAUGAUCUAUACACUGAAGCAAACACAGGAAGGUUUUGGAGACACGUGAUGAGUGAUUGUUUUGCAUAUGUGAAGAAGAAUAAAAGAUUUCAAGAGGAGA